GACUUAUAUUGGCUGGUGGUAUAGUGUGUACAGGACGGGUGAAGUCUCUCGGCUGGUAUCGAGCUUGAACAGCCUGGUUAUAUAAAUAGGUGAAGAGGGGCAGCAGUCAACUCUUGCACUUUCUUGUAGAGCGCGGAGCAGCGACCAGUCUUCGCCGAGCGCCAUGGCUCGACACGCGUACCUUUGUUUGGGGGUACUACUUCUCGCCUAUUUCGUGAUAUGCGAGACCAGUCAUACACGAGUAAAACGACAAGAAGACGACAGCGGAGAUGAGGUGAACCCAGAACAACUUUGCGACGGCCGGCCCGCUGAUGAAUACUUCAGGUUGACUACAGACGGCGAUUGCCGUGAUGUUGUGAGGUGUGACAAAGGAGGUGAAAAUGGCGUCACUAGACUUGCUUCAGUGAAAUGUCCCGGAGGAUUGGCGUUUGAUAUCGACCGUCAAACGUGUGACUGGAAAACCCAUGUUAAGAAUUGCGAUACAAUAGAAAAACCAAGAAAAAUUUUACCAAUUUUGAAGACCGAUGAACCCAUCUGUCCUGAAGGGAAACUAGCUUGCGGCAGUGGUGACUGCAUCGAGAAAGAAUUGUUCUGUAAUGGAAAACCUGACUGCAAAGACGAAUCUGAUGAAAACGCAUGCACUGUUGAUGUAGAUCCUAAUAGAGCACCAGACUGUGACACCAAUCAAUGUAGACUACCAGACUGUUUCUGCUCAGCUGACGGAACGCGUAUUCCUGGAGGAAUUGAACCUACCCAAGUACCGCAGAUGAUUACAAUCACUUUUAACGGUGCUGUAAAUGUUGAUAACAUGGACUUAUAUGACCAGAUUUUCAAUGGUAACCGUCACAACCCUAAUGGUUGUCAAAUUCGUGGAACAUUUUUUGUCUCCCACAAGUACACAAAUUAUGCAGGAGUCCAAGAAUUACACCGCAAAGGACAUGAAAUUUCUGUUUUCUCAAUUACUCACAAGGACGAUCCAAAUUACUGGACAAGUGGUAGCUACGAUGACUGGUUAGCGGAAAUGGCUGGAGCGCGUCUUAUUAUUGAACGUUUCGCAAAUAUUACAGAUGCUUCAAUUAUUGGUGUAAGGGCACCAUAUCUGCGCGUCGGAGGAAACAAGCAAUUCGAAAUGAUGGCUGAUCAAUAUUUCGUAUAUGACGCUUCUAUUACUGCUCCUUUAGGUCGUGUUCCCAUUUGGCCAUACACAUUAUAUUUCCGUAUGCCACACAAAUGUAAUGGUAAUGCUCAUAACUGUCCUUCAAGGAGCCAUCCAGUAUGGGAAAUGGUAAUGAAUGAACUUGAUAGAAGAGAUGAUCCAACCUUUGAUGAAUCAUUGCCCGGUUGUCACGUAGUUGACUCUUGUUCAAACAUUCAAACUGGUGAUCAAUUUGCACGUCUUUUACGUCACAACUUUAACCGUCACUACUCUACCAACCGCGCACCUCUGGGUCUCCACUUCCACGCUUCAUGGCUUAAAUCUAAGAAAGAGUUCAGAGACGAGCUUAUCAAAUUCAUCGAAGAGAUGCUGGAAAAGAACGACGUUUAUUUCACUUCUCUUAUUCAAGUUAUACAGUGGAUGCAAAACCCCACAGAACUGUCGCAGCUUAGAGAUUUCGCAGAAUGGAAACAAGAGAAAUGUGACGUCAAAGGACAACCCUUCUGUUCCUUACCAAAUGCAUGCCCACUAACAACUCGUGAGUUACCGGGAGAGACGUUACGUCUAUUUACUUGUAUGGAAUGCCCUAACAAUUAUCCUUGGAUUUUAGAUCCUACGGGAGAGGGCUUCAACGUUAGGAAGUGAUCUCUAUAAGUAAAACUUAAAAGACUGUACACAUGUAAAUAAUACUCAAUAAUGUUAAUAAAUACAUUUUAUUGCAACUGCGUCGCAGGAAGGCAACUUGUGUGAAUAUUUUAAAAUUAUGGUUUAUGUUUUUACUCGUUAUAAAAGUUGAUAUUAUGGUUUAUAUGUUUAUGAGUCACACAAAAGUUGCCGCUACACAUUUAUCUGCAACUAUAGAUAAUGUUUCAUUACGUAAAUAAGAUUAUUACAUUUCUUAAACAAAAAUAAAAAAUAUAAAUUGGAA